UUAUUACUUUUUUUUUUAAUCUCUUUAUUUUGUUUGCGUCUUGUUUGUUUUCUUAUUUGAGAGAAACGGUGGAAGCGGUGGCAUAUAAAUAGCCCUAUGUGUUUGGGUUUCUCUCUGUAUGUGCUUCGAGAUUUUUGAAGUGAUAAAUUAAGAACGGUCCUUAAGGAAUAUGGCUGAACUUCUCUCCAGGGCCAUGGCUGUUGAUGAUGACAUGAAAGAGGACACUCUUUCUCCGCCCGACCUCGAUUCUAUUGGUUGUAACGAGAGCGAAGAUGUGCUUUCACCAGAGGAUGUAGCAUGGGCCGACUCAUGCCUCAUUAGUGAUCUUGCUAUAUUGGACCAUGGCAUGGAUUCUUUGAAACAUGCCUUACUGGACACUUUUCCUUCACAAACAAUCUUUUCUGCAGCGAUGAGGGAUGAGUCUCCUCAAGAAUCUCAUGUUUUCCCCACCAUCGUAGAGACAGGUAUUGCAGGGAUCGUAGAUGACAUGAUUUAUGAUGUUUCUCCAACCAAUGAACAAGAAGGGAACACUACUCAUCAUCAGAUCAAUAACAAGGAUGCAGAUAGUUUUUGGUCCAGAAUUAACUCUGAAAAGGAUCUUUUCCACAUCUCAAAUGAGUACCCGGGAUUAGUUGAAGCCUCAGAUUCUGAAGUAGAUUCAGGGUUUACAACAUUUGUUGAGGAAAAUUUGGAUGACUACAUAUUCAAGGUCUGGGAACUUGAGAUUCCAGAUGAGGAAGAUGAACUUGUUAAACAGCUCUACAAAGCCCUUGCCGGAAGUUCUCUGGGCUCCACCCUUUCAGCUUCUGAAUAUCUCGGAGUACUGGAUGAUAAGUUACUUGAUGAUAUCAUUUAUGGCCUCGAUGGCCUGUCGUUGAGUCCAACACCUGACUAAGUUAUGUUGCAAAUCCAGCUUCUGGUCGAAAGCAUGCUGCUUUAGAAGCAUAGCUUUAGUAGUUUAAACAAAACUCAACAAAUCCGUUUUGCAGCUUACUGUUUCCGACUUAUUUUCUGGUAGAAAGAGGGUGAUAUGUCUGUGCAUGGUCCAGGAAGGAAGACAAUCAAUGGCGGGUAUCAUCGUCUACAGCUCAGACAUAAAUUUGCAGAUGUUCUUUGUUUUAGUUACUACCCCUAUUUAGCUACUGGUGCACAAAACAGGCUUUUGUCCUUAAAUUUUCCUUGUAUAUUGCUACAGUUUACUUUGUAAUGUUUUCCUUCCUUUGAACUGGAGUCUUUUAGCUGAUACAAGAGGUUGGAUUUUAGAGCAAGAUAUUUUUCUGAGUCAACUCUUUCAGCCCUUUAAAACAAAACUUGAGACAAAAAGUAGUGAGGAAUUUUCCCCGCCACGGGCGAAAGUUGUCUCUAAAAAGUAGUUCGAUAUAUUUUUCAUUUGCAAAUUUUGCUCAUUUGUGCCCAUGCCUCGAAUGUACGUAGCCUUUUGGCCAUUCACAUUGAAAUUAAUGUAUUCAAAGCUAAAUGGUACCUACUUGGUGGGAGGUAAUCAGUGGAAGAGCCCUGGCCACCCCAAAUUGUUCCAGAUACUGCGAAAGAAUUAUUGAAUAGUAAUAUGGAAGUCAUUGUCAGACCCAAUCCUGGAACCGAACCAUGACCACUGAUCACCUUGGGAUAACUAAAACAAACAGAGAAAUGUUAGCAAGCCACUCAAGGUAGGAUUGCUAAUCAGAGCCUCAUGUUUGGCUACCCAUUGCACCUGGUGUUGCUUUGAGCAAAAACCAGCUUUUUUGUACUCUAGUGUAAGUUGAUGUGAUGUUUGUUUCAACCAUCAAAUAACUCCAAAAAAAUCCAAGUAGAAAAAAUCAAACUCCAUACCACAAUUUUACUAUUUAUGAAAAAAUUUUACGAGGUAGGAAUAAUUCCAUCUAUUUCAACCACUUGUACAGUGUCAAGUAGACAGACUAAUCAAGAUUACAUGGCAAACAGCCAUUGGUUGGCUCAUAACAACCUCAAAUGAUACAUCUCCAAUGACACUUUAGCACUGUUAUAAAUUUUGGCACUCUGGUUGAUUAAUUUGUGUGGCAAAGAGUAGCAUUGAGAAGAGAGUGUGAUAAGGAACUUUGUUGUAGAGAGGAACAAAAAAGUUAAAGAAAAAAUGGCCUCAGCAUCUCUACUAAAGUCAUCCCCAGUUCUUGACAAAUCUGAGUUUGUAAAGGGGCAAAGCCUUCGUCAGCCUUCCGUCUCAGUGGUUCGUUGCCACCCCACCAAUGCUACUUCUCUCACUGUCCGCGCUGCUUCCUCCUAUGCUGAUGAGCUUGUUAAAACCGCUAAAACCGUUGCAUCACCAGGACGUGGAAUUUUGGCUAUGGAUGAGUCCAAUGCCACUUGUGGAAAGCGUUUGGCUUCCAUUGGUUUGGAAAACACAGAGGCUAACAGGCAAGCUUACCGUACCCUGCUGGUGACAGCUCCAGAACUCGGACAGUACAUCUCUGGUGCUAUUCUUUUCGAGGAGACACUCUACCAGUCAACCGUUGAUGGCCGCAAAAUAGUUGAUGUUCUUGUUGAACAAAACAUUGUUCCUGGUAUCAAAGUUGACAAGGGUUUGGUUCCCCUUGCUGGUUCAAAUGAUGAGUCAUGGUGUCAAGGUCUUGACGGCCUUGCCUCCCGCUCUGCUGCAUACUACCAACAAGGAGCACGUUUCGCCAAAUGGCGUACCGUGGUGAGCAUUCCCAACGGACCAUCUGCAUUAGCUGUGAAGGAAGCAGCAUGGGGCUUGGCUCGCUACGCUGCUAUUUCUCAGGACAAUGGUUUGGUCCCAAUUGUGGAGCCAGAGAUCUUGUUGGACGGUGAACACGGCAUUGACAGGACUUUUGAGGUAGCACAGAAGGUUUGGGCUGAGGUCUUCUUCUACUUGGCUGAGAACAAUGUCAUGUUCGAGGGUAUCCUCUUGAAACCAAGCAUGGUUACUCCUGGUGCUGAAUGCAAAGACAAGGCCACUCCUCAGCAGGUCGCGGACUAUACUCUCAGUCUCCUUAAGAGGAGGAUUCCCCCAGCUGUCCCCGGAAUCAUGUUCUUGUCUGGUGGACAAUCAGAAGUUGAGGCUACCUUGAACUUGAAUGCCAUGAACCAAGCACCAAACCCGUGGCACGUAUCGUUCUCUUACGCUAGGGCUCUUCAGAACACUUGCUUGAAGACAUGGGGAGGAAAACCUGAGAAUGUGAAGGCUGCUCAGGAUGCUUUACUUACCAGGGCCAAAGCCAACUCACUUGCUCAGCUCGGAAAGUACACCGGCGAGGGUGAAUCGGAUGAAGCUAAACAAAAAAUGUUUGUAAAGGGUUAUACCUACUAAGUUAAUGGCACUAAAGUCAUGAAGAAGAGUAAAAAGAAAUGAUGAAUUCUAUCAGAGUUAUGCAAUUAGUAAAGCCAUAGAGAAGAGUAUUUUUGUUUAAUUUGAUUACCAGUACCCUUUUUUUUUUUACAACUUUAAUAAACUUGCUUGUUGAUUGAGACUAGUAAGUGUUGCUUACUGAAUUACUAUAAACCUGCUCCUUCUUGUAUUAUGCAUACUGAAUAAUGAAAAAUACUUAUUGUGAGCA